UGGUGCAAAUAAAGCUUUAAAAUGGCGGCUAUUGCAAAGAACAAGAAACCCAGCAAAAAGCCAGCCUGCAAGUACGGUAGUAAAUGUUAUCGCAAAAACCCACAACAUAUACAGAAUUAUAGUCAUCUGGACGAAGAUGAAAAUAAUGAUAUGGUAAAUAUAUUGGUUAUGUUAAUUACAUUUAGAUAAUUUUACUUGGGUUCAUUUUUAUGAUUCUCAAUCUGAUUUUCUUAUCAUUUCAUUAUUAGUUACAAGUUAUUGUAACUAUAUAAAUUAAAUAUAUAUAUAAGAGAGUCAGAUUCAAGGGGGAGUCCAUUAAUUAUGUCAACAAAAUAGGGGGAAGGGAAGUUUGAAAUGUUUGAACAAGUGUUGACAAAGGGGGGAGGGGUCAAUUAAUCGAUGUCAACAAUCAUGUUUUCUCUAUUAAUAGAUACUUCGAUGAAACAAGGGAGACUACUACUUUUUGUGUAUCGGAAAUAGAAAUCGGUGCCGAAAAAUCCGAGUUUUUAAUUUUCCGAUGUGUGUGUCUAUUUAUUAAAAAAUUAGUACUUUCGAUAUAUAUUUGAGUUCCGUUUUCGGCCUUAUAAUUAGGUAGACAUCUUGGCCUACAUUUUAAUCAAUUUCUUUUUCAUUUACAAUCGGUCAGCUUUGAGAAAAUCCUUGGUAAAUAUAAGGCAACUUUCAUCAUUAAAAUUAAGUCGAAGGAAAAAAUUUGUCACUACCAAAUUUUUUUUGCAUCUGGGGACUCUAUUGAUCUACAUGUAUGCCAAUUUUCACAGCGAUAAGUGUCUUACGAGAGACGCCAUGUUUCUAUGUGUUCGCAGCAGGUCAUGCAGCUCGCUCAAACUAAUUUCGCCAUGGGGUGGGCCACGCCCCCUUUUGAAUGGCGGAAGUUGCCGAUACUUAGGAAAUAUUAAUUUAUUACCACUAUUUACAUCAAAAUAAUUGAUAACUUGUGUUUCAGAAUGCAUUUUGAAGACAUUUAAACUGGAAUGUUUUAAUUUGAGCUUUAACAACCCGGUAGAAUCCAUAUUAUAAAUGAUCAGAAUUUACCGUGUGCAACACGUUGUCAUUGGCAACCAUUCACAGCCACUUGCAUAAUGGCUGUAUCGUAGUUUCAUUCAUAAGAGUUUGCCGUGUGCAAAAACUACUAUACCAUUGGUCAGGGAAAGCUUUAAUUAAUUAUUCAUGUGCCACAGUUGAAUGUUUAAACUAAGUCGACCCUAAACAGUAUUUUAGUGAUAAGGCAAUGCGUUGCCUUAUAUAAAGUAUAAAGUCAUUGCGCAUGACGCGAACAGCGGAAUGAGGUCACAAGAUGUGGAGGUUUCGUCCAUAGUAAAAAAUACCAAACGAACUCACACUUUAAAAAUUCAUAGCUCAAAAAGUACUUAAGCUAAAAAGUUGAUUCUGGUUUCAUUUUUUUAUUUGAAAUUUGCUCUAACUAACUGUGUUAUUAAAAAAAUUAUUUCAAUUUUUUUAAAUUUUAUAUUCAAGUGCCUACUAUUAAUAUUUUAAUCUUAAAAAUUGACUGGUUAUUAUUUUUUUUUUAAGUUUAAAGAGUGUAAGUGUAAAUAGUCACAUAAUUUUUAUGCUUUUAAUAAAUAAUAAUAAGAGUUAUUUAAUGAAAAUUAGGCCUAAUACUAAUGUGUGUCUGCCUGUGCACUGCACACUGCAGAUGGCUGGUCAGAAUGUUAGCACACCUUGUUAGUGCAAGACAAGUAAAAAGUUGGCCUGUAUUUACCUGUUGAUUCUGGUAGUAGUGUUCGUUGCUGCGUCCAUAAACUGGCAUCUGUUUGUCGCAAAUGACUAGGGUGGUAUGUUUGCGAUUUGCAAUCAUUUUGCAGGUAUGGAACAAGGACAGGGUUCAUGUAUCAUGUGCAGUCAAGAUAAAUGAUAAUUAUAGAGUAGGUAAGUAUGUGAUAUUUUGAGAAUUAAGGGAAAGUAAAGUUAGUAACAAUGAUAACAUCGCUGCUUGAACGGAUUUGAAAAAUCUGUAACAUCUGUUUUGCAUCACAAGUCAUGUUGAAAAAGCAUGUUUAACAGCACAGAUAAUGCUCUCUUGAGCAUCAGAAAUUACCACCUGCUCCUCAACAAAAUGGGAUUUGACCAAUGUGAGUAGUUCCAGGAGACAGAGAGAGCUUAUGCUGUUAAUGCUCACACUGACAAUGCUUCUAUUUUAAGUGCUGAAUGGUUAGAUGAGUAUGAUGUUGACUUGUCUGGUAUAUCAGUUCCGCAAGAUGAAAAUGAUAAAUCAGCUACUAUGCCCAUUGUUACCAUAGAGAAGAUGAAAGCAGCUAGAAACUAUACUACAAUUGUCAGCUAUACUUACAUUAAUCAUAUUUAUACUUCCAUAAAAAUUUAUAUUUAGUAUUUAUAACCCUUUAAUUGAUUCUGCAUUAUAAAAUUUAAGUGUAAAAACUUUUCAACCUGACGAUUAACAAGCUAAAGAUGUAAUAAAAAAAUUUUCUUACAAUUUUAUUUGUCAUUUAAAUAGAUCAUCACAAAUUCUUGUGGUGGUGGUUGGGGGGGGGGGGAGAAUAUGGGUUGGUAUUAUAAAAUGUUGACAUAAUUACUUAGAGGGUGUCAUUAAAAGUUUGACAGUUUUAUUUUUUGGGGUGGGGGCUCCUAAAUUGUGUAAAAAUUGUUGACAUUUUAAUCUUGUUUUUGUUACUAAUUUUAUGAUGAGAGUUACCCCUUUACUAAAUACAUAGCUAUUGAAUUGCUUAUGGCUUAUGCAAAAAGGAGUUCAUAACAGCUACCAUAGUAAAAAUAGGUCUAAUAAAAACGGAAAAAUCUGGUCACUAAAAAUGCAAUAAAAGGGAGGGGAGGGUAACACCCAAAAAUGUGCUUUAUUGAAAAUAAAACUAAUGCUACAUGUAAUUCUUUAUCAUUUUUAAAAAUCUAAAUUAAUUGUUUGUUGGCUAUCAUUAAUUUUGCCAGGUGGUAAUUCUUAGACAUACCUAAACCCUAAUUCUUGAAUUUAUAGUCCACCUUUAUUUUGGUAAAAGGGAUCAAUCAAUUUAAUUUUUUAAUAAAAUAUUUUUAAAGAAAGAAAACUGUUCACUGAUCAUUCAGUUCACUGGAGCAUUAGAUGAGCGCUCACAUAAUGCAACUUCCAAAAUAGUCAAUGGGUCCAUUGAACUUGAGAGUUGUUUGAACCUAUUAAUGUGAAGACUCUGAUUUAAAUGACAUAUUUCAGAAUGAGAUUGAAGGUAAGGCCAGACCAGUUAAAACCAGCAGAGAGACCAAACAAAAAAGGACAAUUAAUGAUUUUUUCAGUAAGUCAAAACAGUCCCACGAGGUAUCAGAUUCAGGUAAGAAAUACUUUUAAACACAACCUAUGCCAAAGUAGAGUCUAAUGACAUAUGAACUUAUUUUAAUUUUUUUUUUAAAUAAGAUAAGAUUCUUUUAUUGAUCCAAACAAAUUUAAAUUUAAUUUAAUUUUUUGAUUGCAUUGUUAUAUACAUUUUCAGCUCAUAAAUAAAUACAUAUUUUAAUAAAGUCCAUAUUUUUCUACUAAAACAAAUUUGAACACAAGACAUCUAAAUUAAAUUAUUUCACUAGUGAAAAAAAACAGCCAUUCAGUUAACUCCCUUAGUCAUAACAGGGACUUAAUUAGCUGUCAUUUAGAUUUUGUAUCUUGUUGGUGAGCAUGCUGGUAAAUUUGUUCAGAUUGGGGAACAAAAGAAUUUUUAUAUCUUUGUGUCCUCGCCUUAAGAGAAAGAAUUUAUACUUAACGGGCGGAUCCAAGAGGGUGUGAUGAAGACGGCUGACAUAAUAAAAUUACCUUGUCAUUUUUUUAAACUGACUGGCCAGUCCUCCAGAUGACACACUGUUUAUUCUUCUUCUAUAUCUUCUAUAUCUUAAGGGCCCACGAUCAAUUUAUUGAUCAUUUUGGCUCCUAUGCAUGUAGAUGGGAUUUGCAAUGUUUCUGUUACUGGUGGUGAUGAGGAAAUUAUGCACUAGGGGUUUGAAGGCUUGAGGCAAUAGACACAAAUGUGUUAUUAACAAGCCCCUUAAGAGCCCCCAUUCUUGUCUAAUUUUACAUUAUUUAGAUUGAGGCAGUAAAUACACUUUCAUUUAAAUGUUUUUUUUUGUUUUUUUUAAAAACAAUGCAGUCUUUUUUUCUUCUGUUGUAAAACAAAUUAUUCAUUUUUUUAAAAUUGGCUUUUAUCAAAUCUACACAGAUGAAGACACUGGCCCUCCUCCUGGAAAGAAAGGAAAAUCAGAACAUUUAUCCAAAACUAAUAUCAGUGAAGAUGAACCAGACACUGGUGAUGGGGAGGGGGAGAAGUCAUCAUUGGACACAGAGGAGGAUGAAACAGAGGUGGCCCCAAAUUCUCCAGAGGAUGUUAAACAGAGCAUAAAAGACAAAUACUUGGUUGAAAUGCCAGCAGAUUUUUACCAGUUCUGGGAUUUUUGUAAAUCUCUUAAACCAGGAAAUCCUUCAAGUGAGUGUUUGAAAUGUGCUAUAGUCAUUGGUUGUGUCAGGCAACAAAUACAUCAGCGGUAGCAUCUAUUGGGGGGGGGGGGGGGGGGUCUCCAUGCUUCUGUGGAGAUGAGUGAAAUUAAAAUAUGUGAAAUCAGUGUUUGAAAUGUGCUAUAGUCAUUGGUUGUGUCAGGCAACAAAUACAUCAGCGGUAGCAUCUAUUGGGGGGGGGGGUGGGGUCUCCAUGCUUCUGUGAAGAUGAUUGAAAUUAAAAUAUGUGAAAUCCUUAUUGUAGUAAUGUGAUGCUGUUUGUCAUAAGUGGUGAGAUAUUGGUAAUUAUGAAGGAUGUUGUGAAAUUUUUUUUGAUAGAUGUGUUCCUGAAAUUGUGUAGAGUGGGCCACGGGAAAUCCCUGGAUCUGCAGAUCCAGGUGGUCCAAGGAAAGUGUUUGGGAUGUGAAAAGGCUUAAUGAGAUGGUUUGUGUUGUUUUAUUCAGUUGGUAUUUCAUCGAGCCACAACUUACACAUUAUUGGUCAGAAGAUGGACACACCAAGGUACGGCGUGGCAUUGCUACUGAAUGCCAAUUCAGAGUACCACCUUAAAAAAGGGAUAUGGCCCUGCAUGCAAAUAUUUUGCAAACCCAACCCCCCGCCCCCCCCCCCCAAUCCCAAUGUAAAGACUGCUCUGUUGGCAAAAAAUGAAGCACCUCCAUAACACCUUUAAAAAGGGAUUAGGCCCUGCAUGCAAAUAUUUUUCAAAACCAACCCCCCGCCCCCCCCCCCAAUCCCAAUGUAAAGACUGCUCUGUUGGCAAAAAAUGAAGCACCUCCAUAUGAUGAAACAAAAGGUCUGACCUCCUCCCUCCAUCCACUUUCCUACAUCACUGUCCUAGAGACCAAAUGUCCUCCUUUAACCUUAAAAUGGCUUCCCUGUUUGGCAUUGGCCACAAUGUAGGAAACCCUGAUUAGGGUGAUUAAAUUUAAUUGAAUUGUCUUGUUUUAUAAUUUGGGGUGGGGAGUGUUUGUAAGAUUUUUUUUGAAAGCUCUAAAAAAUAUGAGUGCAAUAGGAAAAGAAGGAGGGUGAGGGUGUGUGUAAAAUUUGAAUUUUUUGCACAGGUCUUAGUAAUAUAUGGAUCCCCCCCCUAAAAAAAAACAUAAUAAAGAAAAUUAAGACAGAUAUUAUUUGUUAGUUUAAGGGGCUUAAAGUGUACCAGUACACAACUUAACUGUGAAUGUUAUGAUGUUAGAUAGUGAAAUAAGUAUGUCAUCUUUUAACUUCUUACAUUUACGCAUACUCUUAGGUGCCCUGGAAAAAACACUAAACGUUUCAUUGGUCGGACCAUUUGAUAUCCUGGGUAAAAAGCACAAACUAAUCACAAAAAACAAACAUGGAAGGCGCCCAAAUUUUCUUCUACACUACAGAUAUUACUAUGAUCCACCAGAGUUUCAGACUGUCCUAAUUUCUAAAGAUGAUUCUUCUAAAUUUCACCUAGGCUAUUACAGGUAGAAAUUAUCAGUGUAAAAAAACAAAUUUAAAUCAAAUAGAUAUUUGUACUAUUAUGUGAGUUGUUUUUUCUUGUACAAUUUUGUGAAUGUGAACUAAUUAUUUUAUUUUAAUUGUUUUAGAGAUAAUUAUUUAUUGACCUAUUCCUACAAUAACUAAAGUAAUUCUAAGUGUAUUCCCUAAACCUUCUUUUAAUGUCCACUUCUUUAGAGAUGACCCCAAGGAAGCUCCAGUAUUUGUGGCCAGUAGUUCUCCAGGAGAGAGCCCUAAAGAAAAGAUUUAUCAGUGUGGAGAAAAUUUAUUUGCCGCCCUCCAGUGAGUUCAUACGAAUUUUGUUUAUGAUCAGGGAAGACAUAUUCUGACAUUUAAAAUUUAAGCCAUGAUUUCUCUAUUGUUUUUAAAGAUUAAUUUUUUACUUUGGAAACAUUAUAAUCACGCGGGUAUUUGUCCCUAUUUUUUUCUUAUAAUCAUACAUCUCAUGUACUUGGGUUCUGGGUAGCCGAAUGGUCUAAACUGAGCAAACAUCAAGUUGAUGGUCUGGAGUUCAAUUCAAGCCAAAAGCACAUUCAAGCAAAAACAUCACCAGCACCCCCCGGGUGGAUGGGACUCGUUAACCUUGGAUGUCAACUCAUCUUAGAGAAGGAAACUCUGAAUUCAAACUCGGAGAGGAGUCCCGUAGGCGAAUAACAUUGACACAAUGGAACAUUCCGACAACUCCUGCCACGCCACUGGCGAUAAUGAUAUAUAUAGUUUUCUAGGGAAAUGAAUGCGUCUACUUAAUAGAUUUUGACAGAGUUUUAUGUGUUCCCUAUUUGUUUCCUAUCAGUGACCUGGCUUGCAGAAAGUUGAAAUCAAGCUCAGGGGAAACAAAGCAGAAUCUGGAGCAGCUCAUUAAAUCUGUUAAGGAAGCAGCAGAAAAAUAUGACCUGCCUCUGGCCAUGAGUACCAGGCGAAUCAAGGACAGGCAGAAGAAAGUGGUCUCCCCUACCUUCCACGGAGCAGGGAUUGUUGUUCCUGUUGAUGCCAAUGAUGUUGGAUAUAGGCCUGUGCCAGAAACACCAGGUAUGAUCUUACUGUCUAGUUUAUCUUUUUUGCUGGCAUCGGUCCGUCACAAUGUGACGAUGGUGUAGACUUCGCAGGACGAAAUCCGCAAGGCCCUGUUAUCUACAAUUUUUUUUAAUGUCAACAAAAUAUCUAUACACAACAAGAUAGCCAUGUAAUGCUUGCAAAUUGCCAGAUAAGAUCCUUCAUGUUGGUCCAACGCAAUCAUUAAGUGAUAAAACUUCAGCUUCAAGUUGUUACGCACUGACUUAUAUUGGGAGAAAUUAAUCCCCUAUUUUAAUUUUAAUUGGCUCGUUGUAAACAGUGCCUAACAAAGGACGAUACCAUAGAGUCAACAAAGUAAAGAUACGACACCCAAAACAGUUGCUAGUUACAAUUAAAAAGAUUUAUUAAGUCUUAAGAUAAUUACAAAAGAAAAGAAAAUAUAAUUACAAUCUUCAACUUACAGUAUGGUAGAUCUUGUACCGGUACACAGUUAAUACAGUUAGAAUAAUGUGCCAAUGAAUAAGGAUGAAUGCGAAAUGAACACAUAUAAGUAUGAGCACACAAAUACACAAAGAAUAAUACACGCCUCGUAAAGUUAAUAAUAUCUAUCUGAAUCUCCGUCCCUCCGUCUGUGCCUGUCAAUCCCUUAUAUAGGUGGGUCUAUCGACGCUUAAGCCCUGCCUUCGAGAAGCUACAUAGCAUUUCUAGAACAAUCACAUUCAUUCUACAAAAUACUAUUUGGAACAGAUUAAUUAUUUUUAGUGGCUGGCGGCAUAAACACGACAGAUCAAACGAUUAAGCCACACCCCUCUGUGAACACAGCGUCUCAUGCGGGGUCAAUCAUAGGGCACGCACGAGAAAAAUUAUGUAAACAAGAUCUAUAUAACAAAGUCCUAGGAAAAAACAUAGGAGCCAGAAUGAUCAAUUCAAUGAUCGUGGGACCUCAAAACAAAGAAGAAGAAGCAGCCGAGCUGAUGAGAUUUUUGGUGUAAAAUUAAAUUAGUUUUUAUAAAUUUACUACAACUUUAUGAAAAAAUAAACCAUUUACAGCUCAUGCUAUUUAAAGAGUAAUUAAGUCUGGAUGCACUUAUUUCAUUUGAUUGAUUUAACCUAUUCAGUCCUGGCCAAUCAUAAUUUUCACUUAGUUAUUUUCAAGCCGAGUGCAAACAAAUUAGCUUGUAGGGUAGAUUGGUUCAAAAAGAAAUACAGUGCUUCUAUUCUGUGACGUAAUUAUAGACAACAUACUCCAAGUGACUUGCACUGAGAAACUGUUGCAUUAUGUUUUAUUAAAUUCAUUAUCAAAUUAUUUUCCAAUGCUAUUAAGUAACUUCUUAAAAAAAGCAUAUUUGAAAAAGUAUGCUGCUACACAACUACACAGCAGUGUAAGAAAAUAAGAACAUAAAUCAAAUUAUUGAUUUUCAACGAACAAUCAAUAUUUCAGCUGCUCUGCGGGGAAUGUUGAAAAAGAUUGCAGACAGCAAGACUGAUGCUGAAAGGGACAAAAGUUUGGACCCACUGCAGGAGUUGAUCACCCUGGUCCAGUUUGCCAAUGAUGAAUGUGACUACGGUGAGGGCCUGGAGCUGGGCUUGGAUCUGUUCAGCUACGGCAGUAGUGUCCUCCACCCUCAGAUCAGCUCCCUCCUCCCACUGGCCUACCAGCUGCUGAAUCGACAAGAGUUUAGUCGAAUUAUCGAGGCUCAUUUGAAGCGCAGGCGUGGCCUGACAGAGUGUGUGGAUGAGUUGGCUGUGUGAGAGAAGUUGGUCUUGUCGUCAGGAGCAUGUGUAUGAUGAGUUCGCCUAGGGUUGCUACAGUUUAACCCCAGGAGAUGUGUCAGUUUGGCCAUGGAGUAGAAACGUGAGUGAAUGGCAAGGUCAUCGGAGAUGUGUGUAAAUAGUUUAGCCGUGUCACUGGUGUGUCAAUGGCUUGACCAUGCAAGACAUGUGUUUAUCGCUUGACCAUGCAAGACGUGUGUUAAUCGCUUGACCAUGCUAGACAUGUGUCUAUGGCUUGGCCAUGUUAGAUGUGUGUCAAUGGUCUGGCUUUGGGAGAGGUGUAUGUGUGAAUCAACUGCAUGGAAGAAGUUGUGGAUUGGAUGAGGUUACCACACGAGUGGUGUGGUUGAGUGGAUCUGUUCACAAUCUAGCAAUUUUUAUCUCUGAGGUGUGUUGACAAUUAAACAUUCUUAUAUAUUUGUAGAAAACUUGGUUGCUUUUUGUUCCUUAUGUCCCUUGAGUUACAUCUGCCUGACCCUUUUUAAUGAUAAACCUUUUUAAUGAUAAACCUUUUUAAAGAUAAACCUUUUUUAAUGAUAAACCUUUUUAAAGAUAAAUCUUUUUUAAUGAUAAACCUUUUUUAAUGAUAAACCUUUUUAAUGAUAAACCUUUUUAAAGAUAAACCUUUUUAAUGAUAAACCUUUUUAAUGAUAAACCUUUUUUAAAGAUAAACCUUUUUAAUGAUAAACCUUUUUAAAGAUAAACCUUUUUAAUGAUAAACCUUUUUAAAGAUAAACCUUUUUAAUGAUAAACCUUUUUAAUGAUAAACCUUUUUAAUGAUAAACCUUUUUUAUAAACCUUUUUAAUGAUAAACCUUUUUAAAGAUAAACCUUUUUAAUGAUAAACCUUUUUAAUGAUAAACCUUUUUAAAGAUAAACCUUUUUAAUGAUAAACCUUUUUAAUGAUAAACCUUUUUUAAAGAUAAACCUUUUUAAUGAUAAACCUUUUUAAAGAUAAACCUUUUUAAUGAUAAACCUUUUUAAUGAUAAACCUUUUUAAAGAUAAACCUUUUUUAAUGAUAAACCUAUUAAUGAUAAACCUUUUUUAAAGAUAAACCUUUUUAAUGAUAAACCUUUUUUAAAGAUAAACCUUUUUUAAUGAUAAACCUUUUUAAUGAUAAACCUUUUUAAUGAUAAAUCUUUUUAAUGAUAAACCUUUUUAAUGAUAAACCUUUUUUAAAGAUAAACUUUUUUAAUGAUAAACCUUUUUAAUGAUAAACCUUUUUAAUGAUAAACCUUUUUAAUGAUAAACCUUUUUAAUGAUAAACCUUUUUU